GAAAAACAACAAAACCAAGCAAGUAAGCAUGAAACCCUUCACCCGCAUUGAGCUCCUCCGUGCUUCCUUUGCUGCUCUCUUAAUCACAACCCUUCUCGUUCAGUACACACUCUUAUCCGCCACCCCAAUAUUCCUCACCACCACACUUCCAUGCUCUUGCUUCUGUGUGCUUCUCUCCCUUCUCUUCUUCUUCUCCACUCGUCCACGCCCUGUUCUUCUCCUCGACUACGUAUGCUUCAAGCCCUCCUUCGAUCGCAAGUGCAGCUACGAAGUCUGCGAGUACUUCCUCCGUCGUAGCCGUCGAUUCAGCACCAAAAGCGAAGAUUUCAUGCGUGGAAUCUAUCUCAAAUCCGGUCUCGGCAACGAAACCUACGCUCCACCCUUCAUCUUCCAAACAGAUUACGAAGCCAAACACCAAUCCGCCGUCCAAGAAGCACAAGAAGGUAUGUUCUCAACCGUUGAUCUCCUCCUCUCCAAGACCCAUGUGGACCCUUCUCAGAUCGACGUUCUGAUCGUGACAUGUGGCAUGUUCUCCCCUGCCCCUUCACUUUCCUCCCUCGUUGUCAACCGUUACAAGCUUAGACCAGAAAUCAAGACUUUUAAUCUCAGCGGCAUGGGUUGCAGCUCUGGUGUCAUGUCCAUCGAUUUGGCUGCUAAGGUGUUGAGCAGCUCUACCGCUCUUUCGUACGCCUUAGUUGUCGUCACCGAGAGCAUCAGCUUGAAUUGGUACUUCGGCGAUGAUCGUUCUAUGCUCGUUACCAACUGUAUAUUCCGAGUGGGUUGCGCCGCCGCGUUAAUCACCAACGAUCCGAGUCGCCGCCGGGAUGCAAAGAUGCAACUCGUUGACUCGCUCAGAACUCACCACGGCGCUGAAGAUAGAGCCUACACUGCCGCGUUCCAGCAAGAAGACGAGAACGGCAACAUUGGGGUGUCUCUCACUAAGGACUUGAUUCGGGUCGCCGGUGUUGGGCUACGCGAGCAUAUAAAGUUGCUUGCACCACGAGUUCUCCCACUGAGUCAACUGGUCUUCAACGCUUACUCGGUGGUAAUUUCUGUACUUUUCCGUGGCGAGUCGAAACCAAUCGUGCCGGACUUUAUGACGGCGUUCGAACAUGUGUGUAUACAUACUGGUGGGAAGGCUGUGAUCGAGCAGGUGGGGAGAGUUCUGCGGCUGAGUGACGAGGUGACUGAGCCGGCUCGGAUGUGUUUGCAUCGAUUCGGUAACACGUCUAGUAGUCUUGUGUUCUACGAGUUAGCGUAUUUUGAAGCGAAAGAGAGGGUGAAGAGAGGUGAUAAGAUGUGGAUGCUAGCGUUUGGAACUGGGUUUAAGGUUUGUAGUCUUGUGUGGAAGUCACUUAGAGAUUUGAGUAAAGAAGCUGAAAAUCCAUGGAACGAUUGCAUCCAUCGAUACCCAUUAAAAGCUUGGUGAUAAAGGAAUUGCAAUAAUAAGGAUUAAAAAGGUUAUAAGAGAGACU